UUAAUUCAAUGCCUUCCUUCCUUCCAUCGUCACUUCUUCACCCCAAUUGUUAAAUUAAUUUCAUCUCUGUGUAUAUAUAUAUAUAUAUAUAUGUCAGAAUAUGUGUGUCUGUAACUACAUUGAUACUGAGAUUGAAAUUGAAGUGAUGAUGGGAAGGGAGAAGAAGUUCGUGGUGGAGAUUGAAGAGGCGAAGGAUGGGAAGGGUUCAGUUUACAGAAACGAGAGUGUGAAAGAUGGAUUCAAGCCACUACCUCAGCGCCUUCAGUCCUGCUGGGACAGCUUCUGCGAGUCGGUGGAGAAAUAUCCGGAAAACAGAAUGCUCGGGGAGAGGGAAAUGCUGCCUGGAGGGAAGGCAGGGGAGUACAGAUGGUUAAGUUACAGACAAGUGCAUCAAGUAGUGAUGCAAGUCGGAGCCUCCAUGCUCGCCCAAGGAAUCUCACAAGGUGGUAGAUGCGGGAUCUAUGGUGCCAACUGCCCCCAGUGGAUUAUUACCAUGCAGGCCUGCAAUGCUUUGGGGCUUUACUGUGUGCCAUUAUACGACACUCUUGGCGCUGGUGCAGUCGAAUACAUCAUCUGCCAUGCUGAGAUAUCAAUUGCCUUCGUCGAAUCUAACAAAAUUUCUGAGAUCUUGAAAACAUUUCCCUACACUCAGAAAUACUUGAAAACUAUUGUAAGCUUUGGAGAGUUCACACAAGAUCAGAAGCAGACAGCAGCCAAUUUCGGGUGCAACAUCUAUUCUUGGGAUGACUUUUUGCUUCUGGUUAGUUUAACUGUUUUCUUUAUCGACGAAUUUCAUUUCAUUUCAUUUCUAUCAUCGCUCCCGUUUAUCUACUCUUUCAUCCUGCUGCUACUGCAGGGGAAGAAGAAUAAGCAGUUUGAAUUAGACCUCCCGACAAAGAAGAGGGCAGACAUUUGUACAAUAAUGUAUACGAGUGGAACGACCGGUGAUCCUAAGGGAGUCAUGAUCUCCAACGAAGCCGUUCUCUCCAUCAUAUCCGGAGUCAAUCAUCAUUUGGAAACCAUCGAUGAAGAGUUCAGGGAGAACGACGUAUAUCUGUCCUAUCUCCCUCUAGCCCACAUAUUCGAUCGGGUCAUGGAAGAACUCUUUAUUUCUAAAGGUGCAUCAAUUGGCUUCUGGCAAAAGGAUAUAAAGAAGCUGCUAGACGACAUCAAAGAACUCAAACCAACAGCGCUGUGCGCCGUUCCUCGCGUUCUAGACAGGAUAUAUUCCGGUUUGCUCGAGAAAGUUUCUUCUGCAGGUAUCCUCAGGCACACUCUCUUCAAUGCAGCCUAUUCCUACAAACUGCGCAACAUUAGCAAAGGCUAUAAGCAUAAAGAGGCAGCUCCAACAUUCGACAAACUGAUAUUCAACAAGAUUAACCAAGGUCUAGGAGGAAAUCUACGGCUCAUACUAUCUGGAGCAGCCCCGCUUUCUCCUACUGUCGAGACCUUUCUACGCACUGUGACCUGUGCACAUGUUCUACAAGGAUACGGUUUAACCGAAACCUGUGCAGGAUCAUUCGUUGCACGACCCGAUGAGUUUAGUAUGAUCGGAACAGUGGGUCCUCCACUCCCCAUCGUAGACAUACGACUGGAAUCUGUUCCAGACAUGGGAUACGAUGCACUUUCAAGCACUCCUCGAGGAGAAAUAUGUAUUCGGGGCAAGUGUUUGUUCUCUGGGUACUAUAAACGCGAGGAUCUCACCAAAGAAGUGAUGAUCGACGAAUGGUUCCACACAGGGGACAUUGGGGAAUGGCAGCCAGACGGUAGCAUGAAGAUAAUCGACAGGAAGAAAAACAUUUUCAAACUUUCCCAAGGAGAGUAUGUAUCAGUAGAGAACCUGGAGAGCAUUUAUUCCCUCUGCAGCAGUAUCGACUCGAUAUGGAUCUACGGAAGCAGCUACAAAUCCUAUCUCGUCGCUGUAGUCAAUCCUAAUAUAGAAUCUCUAGAGCACUGGGCAGCUGGAGAAGGCCAAGUUUCGGGAGAUAUCGAUACCAUAUGCAAAAAUCCGAAAGCAAGAGACUACAUCCUCGGAGAACUAACAAAGAUAGGUAAAGAAAAGAAGCUAAAGGGAUUCGAGUUCAUUAAGGCUGUUCAUAUUGACCCUGUACCAUUCGACAUGGAACGCGAUCUUUUGACGCCGACUUACAAGAAGAAAAGGAACAAGUUCUACAACUAUUAUCAGACUGCCGUCGAAGACAUGUACGAGAAAAUACACUGAUCAGCCCUGACGUUCGAUGCAUUCUGUUUCACAGAACAAAAUAUCUAAAUUCAUGCUUUUCAGAAUACAAUCAGAUUUACAAUUCGGUACAGAAUCAUGUAAAGAUGAAUGAACAAAUCUGGACUGCAUCAAUAUUCGAAGUACCGGCAUUUUAUUAUUCGAUUCAAUAGAAGUAGCAUGAUAAGAUCUUGCAUUGAAAGAUGUUACCAUGUGCAAUAUUUAUAGUACAUAAAAUUAGAACUCUAGCAAAAGAGAACUAGCAACUGCUUCGACUACAACAGAUGGAUUAUACUUUCCGAACCCUCUGUCUCGAUCUGUUGUUAACUAGACCAUCGUUAUAUUAUGGCUUACAAGGAUAGUUAUUUUUGCUCGUUAUAACGAUUAUUGUACAUAAACUCAAUCUAGACUAAGUUUUUGGAGACUCGAUGGAGAUGAAAAUACCGUCUCACCUUAGGUCUACGACUUCUCUUCAUCUGACGGAGGUCCUUGCCC